AUGGCCCUACCCUAUUGCAGUCCAUCUCCCAAAGUUGGCCGAUUCCAACAAGCAAUGGAGUCCGUGUACGGUGACUUCUGCGACAUAAGCAGUCCGAAGGACUGGACUCCACCUCCGGCAUCAGGAGGUCAUCGAGGACGGUACCUCUGGACGGAUGCGUUUGGGGUCAUCAAUCUGCUGACCAUGCACAAAGAGUACAAUCGCGCAGGAGGUGUCCACAUGCAAGAUGAUCGGUACUUGACACUGGCACAAAGACUAAUCGAAACCGUCCAUCAGGUGCUGGGACGGACUCGAGAUGGCCGCUCUCCGCUCCCUGGGGCUACAGAGCACAAUCCUCUAGGGGGAGGAUUACGCAUUGGAAAGACUGACGAAGAUGGGCCAGAUUGCGACGGACAGUAUCAUCACUAUCUCACGAUAUGGAUGUUCGCACUUAACCGCAUGGCAGUUGCAUCGGGCAACAUGCGCUAUAAUGACCAAGCUAUACAGCUGGCUCGAGCCAUUCAUCCCAGGUUUUUCCUUGAUCGCAAGACGGCGCGACCGCGUAUGGUCUGGAAGAUGUCAAUGGACUUAUCGAGGCCCUUGGUUAGCUCAGAGGGUAACUUGGAUCCGAUUGAUGGGUUCGUCAUCUUUCGUUUGCUCCAGGCAACGGCAGCAACGACGGGAGAUGCGCACGUCUUGGACGAAGAGAUUGCCGAUUAUAGACGAGUGAUGGACCGUAAGGGACAACAUUUUGUCUCCAAGGAUCCAUUGGACCUGGGUAUGACUCUGUGGACAGCUCACUGGUUCGCUGAGACCGAGAAAUGGGCUUCAAGUCUGGUAGCCAGAUGUUUCGAGCAACUGUCACUCACAGAUGACCUCUUCGAACUCCAAAGAUACCUUGAACGCAGAAUCAGUUCUCGCUUGGCAUUUCGAGAAUUCGGAACAAGCCUGGGACUUCAAUGCGAAUCCGAGCAGUCCGGAGACAGGAAACGAGCUACGGACUUCAAGAAUUGGGCGGAUGCCAUCAUUGUCGCAUGGGAUCCAUACAUGGAAUUAUCAGCUCCUGCAGCAGUAACGCCGGCAGACCUUCGGCCAAUUACUCGCGUGAUGUACGCCUCGGCUCUGAUACCUGGAGGUAAAUUUCUUCCUGCUUGGAUUUUUGCAUUGGGAUUUGCGAUCGUGUUCUAUCACAUUCAAGCAAAUGGCUGA